UUUAAAUAGGUAAUACCAGCUUUGUUACAGAUUCAAAAAGGAAAAAAAUAUAUGUCUGCUUUCUACCUCAAAACCUUAGAGGCCCUCUGAAUUCUCUUUCCUACAGACCACUAGUGUUUGUGAUUUAUUCUUCCUGAAAAGUACACACAAUCUGUUUCUGUCUGUCUGUAUAUCUCUGUCUUUCACUCUCCUUCCAGAGCUGGGGAUUGAACCCAGGGCCUUUACAGUGAACUACAUUCUCACCUCCUUUUUAAAUUUUGACACAAGGUCUUGCUAAAUUCCCUAGGCUGGGCUAGAACUUAUGAUCUUUCUACCUCAGCCUUCCAGAGUGCUAGGAUUGCAAGUGUGCACCACCAUGCCUGGCUUUCUAUUUCCCUUAUACUGAGCAAGGUCAAGUGUCUUCAUGUAUUUAAGAGCUGUUCGUAUUUCCUGUAUCAACUUUAAAUAGAACCAGGAUUCACACUCCAAAAAUGUGUGCGUUUGACCCCAUUAAAUGGGAGACAGAAGGGAAGGUCAGGCAUCUGGUUGGAUAUAGCUCAUGUGAUAAAGACCUAGGUGUCUAUUGAGUUAAGAAUAUAAUGCAUUAACAAUAUAAAAUAAUAAAUUUGUAGUAACCAGACUAAGGAAACUGAUAAUUCUACAGAUUUUUUUCUUAAUCACACCUCAUUUGGAGUGCUUUUUUUGGUAUAUUUUAAAAGGAGCAUGAUGAAUUUAAAGCACCCAUUUUUUUUUUUAUUACUGCCAUAAAAAAGUGUGAUCAACUCUAUGACUUAAAACAACACCUAUUUAAGCUGGGCAUGCCCUUCAUCCAGCUCUCGGGUUAAUCCCAGCACUACCGAGGUGAGAGGAUCUGAAGUUUGAACUCACACUGGACAACUUGGCCUUGUUUCUGGUUUUCUUUGAGUUAGGGUCUCACUACAUAGUGCAGGCUGGCCUUGAUCUCACUAUAGAUCCAACACUGAUCUCAAACAUCUGGUAAUCCUCCUGCCUCUGCCUCCUGAGUGCUGGGAUUACCGACGUGCACCAUGAUACCCCGCUCUUCCAGGGCAAUUUAGUAAGAUCCUGUCUUGAAAUAAAAAAUAAAAAAGGGCCGAGGAUAUAACUCAGUCCCUGGGCUCAGUCCUCAGUACUGCAAAAACAAAACAGAAAACCCUACAAAUAUAUUAUCUUACUGUUGUGUAGGUCAAAAUCCAAUAUGAGUUUCACUUGGCUGACAUUAAGAUGUCAUCAAAACUUGUUCCAAAAUCCAUCUCUUGCCAUGUCUAGCUUCAUCUUCAAGGCCAGUAAGAGCUGGUUGAGACCUCAUCUCACCGCUGUCUGACCACAGUUGAGGAACGUUCACCACCUUUAGAAGUUCUUGUGAUUAGAUUGGGCCCAUCAAGAUAAUCUCCUCGGGGGCUGGGGAUUUAGCUCAAGCGGCAUAAGCACCUGCCUUGCAAGCACGUAGUCGUGAGUUCUAUCCCCAGUACCGAUUAAAAAAAAAAGAUAAUCUCCUCAUCUCAGUGUUCUUAACCUUGAUGAAAUCCUUUUGGCCACCAUCGACCAGUCCUGAUGUUUAGGAGGUGGGUAUCUUUGUAGAGAGGGGGCUUAUUCUGCCUUUCACAGUGCUCACUGCAGGAGAUCAAGCGGAUAGUGAAGGAGUCAAAUUGGAUACAGAGAAUUGGAAUAAGAAGAUUUUACGAUGAUCCCAAUGUAUUGUGUGGGCGAGUAGAAGAUAAAGUUUCUGAAGUGAUUUGAGCCCUAAGUAUAUCUAAAACGGUCGCUGCUUCAAAAUCCAGUGGUACAAAAUGCAGACACAUAGUAGUUCAGGAAACAAAGCUCAGUGGAAUGGGAAGAGGAUAAAACGGCAUAACAUUUUAUCUGGCAAAGAACAGAAUUUGGGAUCAAAGUUCUCAUUUCUACAUUAAAUUGGCAGGUGUUUUGAAAGAAAGCACUAAGUUUACCAAGAACUCUGCAUUGUUUCUCGUACUGGUAAUACGGGGAGCAUGGAGAUGAAGGCGAUAAAGAAUACCAAAGAGGGGCUGGAGAUUUAGCUCAGCGGCAUAAGCGCCUGCCUUGCAAGCAGGCAGUGGUGAGUUUGAUCCCUGGUACUGAUAAAAAGGAAAAAGACAAAAAAAAAAAAAGAAUAGCAAAGAAAACCUUUCAGACCCCAUUCAGCCAUUCUUGCACAAUAUAUAGAUUUAGAGCAGGGAGGGAAGCAUCCAUAAAGGAAGAAAGCAAGAUAUUUGAAGUUCAAAAGAAUUUUCUUUUUGACCCUAGGAACAUACUGGAAUGGGAAAUCCCCUCUGAAACCAAAACCCAGCCAUCAGAGAUUAUGAGAUUUUUUUUCAGGCUUUCCUUGGAAUCAUCCUUACAUUUCUCUCUUUGAGCACAUUCAACCUAGCCAUGGAGAAGUUGUGAUAAGUGAUUCUGGACCAGGAGCUGGAUGAACAAACCCUCCUACCUUGCAGUUGGGUGGUGGCUUCCAAGGCCAGUAAAUGUGUAUCACUGUGAACCUGAUCCAGAAAGAGCAGGAAGGGACAAAGUUUAGUCUGUGAGGGAACCGGCGGCUGCUGCUAGUUUCAUGCUGUCUGUCCAGACUUCAGCUUGGUGUUUCUGUGCCCUCUCUUGCACCAGACCUCUGUUCUAAGAGUCCUCUGAGUGUCAUCUCAGCACCGUGCUCACACUCAUGGCACCAUGGCCAGCCCUCAGGAGCACCUGAGCUGCUCCUCCCCUCCACACUUACCCUUGAGUGACCACAAAGGCUUCCCCGGACUGCAAGAUGAGCUCGCGCUUAUGGGGAACCACCCCUCCCUCAGGCUCCCUGAGGACCAGCAGGACAAGGGGGUUGUGCGAACAGAGCUCAUCGAGAGUGUCAACAGCCCUGUGACCACCACAGUGCUGACCAGUGUCAGCGAAGACUCCAGGGACCAGUUUGAGAACAGUGUUCUUCAGCUAAGGGAACAAGAUGAAUCAGAGACAGUGGUAUCUCAGGGCAACAGCAGCACUGUGGAGGGAGAGAACACCAGCGGAACCGAAGACAUCAAGAUCCAGUUCAGCAGGUCAGGCAGUGGCAGUGGUGGGUUUCUAGAGGGACUCUUCGGAUGCCUGAGACCCGUGUGGAAUAUCAUUGGGAAGGCCUACUCCACGGACUACAAGCUGCAGCAGCAAGAUACUUGGGAAGUGCCAUUUGAGGAGAUCUCAGAGCUCCAGUGGCUGGGUAGUGGAGCCCAGGGAGCUGUCUUCUUGGGCAAAUUCCGAGCAGAAGAGGUGGCCAUCAAGAAAGUGAGAGAACAGAAUGAGACGGAUAUCAAGCAUUUGAGGAAGUUGAAGCACCCUAACAUCAUCGCAUUCAAGGGUGUUUGUACUCAGGCGCCGUGCUACUGUAUUAUCAUGGAGUACUGUGCUCAUGGACAACUUUACGAAGUCUUGCGAGCAGGCAGGAAGAUCACACCCCGAUUGCUAGUAGACUGGUCCACAGGAAUUGCAAGUGGAAUGAAUUAUUUGCACCUCCAUAAAAUUAUUCAUCGUGAUCUCAAAUCGCCUAAUGUUUUAGUGACUCACACAGAUGCAGUGAAAAUUUCAGAUUUUGGGACAUCUAAGGAACUCAGUGAUAAGAGCACCAAGAUGUCCUUUGCUGGCACCGUGGCGUGGAUGGCUCCAGAGGUGAUACGGAAUGAGCCCGUGUCAGAGAAGGUCGACAUAUGGUCCUUCGGUGUGGUGCUGUGGGAGCUGCUAACAGGGGAGAUCCCCUACAAGGAUGUGGAUUCUUCAGCCAUCAUUUGGGGCGUGGGGAGCAACAGCCUGCACCUUCCAGUUCCUUCCACUUGCCCUGAUGGAUUCAAAAUCCUUAUGAAACAGACAUGGCAGAGUAAACCUCGCAACCGGCCUUCUUUCCGGCAAACUCUCAUGCACUUGGACAUCGCAUCCGCAGAUGUCCUGGCCACCCCACAGGAAACUUACUUCAAGUCCCAGGCUGAAUGGAGAGAAGAAGUAAAGAAACACUUUGAGAAAAUCAAAAGCGAAGGAACUUGCAUCCACCGAUUAGAUGAGGAACUGAUUCGAAGGCGCAGAGAAGAGCUCAGGCAUGCUUUGGAUAUUCGUGAACACUACGAGAGAAAGCUGGAGCGGGCUAAUAAUUUAUACAUGGAGCUCAGUGCCAUCAUGCUGCAGCUGGAAAUGCGGGAGAAGGAGCUUAUUAAGCGAGAGCAAGCAGUGGAAAAGAAGUAUCCGGGGACCUGCAAACGACACCCUGUCCGUCCAAUAAUUCACCCCAACGCCAUGGAGAAAAUCAUGAAAAGGAAGGGCAUGCCUCACAAACCUGGGGUGCAGACCAAGCGGCCAGAUCUGUUGAGGUCCGAAGGUAUUCCUAGCACAGAGGUGGCUCCCACCACAUCCCCUUUGUCUGGAAGUCCCAAAAUAUCCACCUCCAGUAGCAAGAGCAGAUACCGCAGCAAACCGCGCCACCGCCGGGGGAACAGUAGAGGCAGCCACAGUGACUUCGCAGCUAUAUUGAAAACCCAGCCAGCCCCCGAAGACGCGCCCCAGUACCACAGUCCUCCGCAGCAGCAAUACCAGCAGCCCCCUCCGGCCACGUCGCAGAAUCACCACUCUCGACUCAGUGUGCACGGGCAGGACAUUGCGACCUGUGCCAACAACCUGAGGUACUUCGGCCCCGCGGCAGCACUGCGGAGCCCACUCAGCAACCACGCGCAGAGACAGAUGCCGGGCUCCAGCCCUGACCUCAUCUCCACGGCCAUGGCUGCGGACUGCUGGAAGAGCGCCCAGCCUGCUGAGGGCCAGGCUGGCCCCUGGGGCUGCUGUCAGGCUGACCCUUAUGACCACUGCCACCAGUGCAGGCCGGAGCGGCGAGGGUCCUUAGACCACCCCUCCACUGAGCCAGCACCCGGGAGCCCCGACCUUUCCAAGCCACCAGCACACAAUCCACUCUCGGAAAGCACCCGAGGUGCCCAAAAAACAGAGGAAGAUGCAUUCAAUGGCUGCCGGUCCACCUCGUCCCUCGGAAACCCUCACCACAUCACCCCACCACCGCUACCUCGAAAACCAAGGCCCCUUCAGAAGAGUGGAGAUGACUCUUCGGAAGAAGAAGGGGAAGUGGACAGUGAAGUUGAAUUUCCACGAAGACAAAGGCCCCACCGCUGCAUCAGCAGCUGCCAGUCCUACUCGACCUUCAGCUCGGAGAACUUCUCUGUGUCCGACGGAGAGGAGGGGAACACGAGCGACCACUCCAACAGUCCCGACGAGCUGGCUGAUAAACUUGAAGACCGCCUGGCGGAGAAGCUGGACGACCUGCUAUCGCAGACGCCGGACAUCCCCAUCGACAUAUCGUCGCACUCCGACGGGCUCUCGGACAAGGAGUGCGCUGUGCGCCGCGUGAAGACGCAGAUGUCCCUGGGCAAGCUGUGCGUGGAGGAGCGUGACUACGAGAACCCUAUGCAGUUUGAAGAAUCGGACUGUGACUCUUCCGGUGGGGAGUGCUCUGAUGCCACAGUGCGGACCAAUAAACACUACAGCUCUGCCACCUGGUGAGGAAGGGGCACCUGUCCUGACUGGCUCACAGCGCGAUGGCAUUGCUGGCAUUGCGGACUCCCCCGGCUCUUCCUACUCUGUCCCUUCUUUGUCUGGGAGGACAGCGGCCCCUCUCUCUACCCCUAGAAAUGAGCUGCAAUAACAGGAACAGGAAACUUCUCAAAUCUCUGGGGAAAAAAAUAUCCAAAUGAAAUUGUCUCAUGAACAUUUCAAUCAAGAAUGGCAGGGAUCUAUUUUAUUGAAUAUUCUAGCUACUGUAACAUUGAUAUUUAUUUUUCUUGGACAUUUUAACACUUUGUACUGUAAAGAGUGAACUAUAUAUGAUAGAGUCACAAUAAUUUCUUGCAAAAAAAAAAGGAAAGGAAAGAAAGAAGUGGACUUUAGGAGCAACAUGCUUGGGAAUUUGUGGGGCGGGAGGUAUUAUUGCUGCUUGAACAGGGGACCAGGUCUUUUGGCCAUAAGUGACUGAAGACGCAUCAGAGCAAGACAUAUCGAGCAUUUUAGAAUACAAAGAACACAGAAGGGGAAAGCCAGUGUAGGUAACCUGUGAACACACACAUUGUGUUCAGCCAGCUUGUCCAGGGUGAUGGAAAUUACCUAGAAAAGGCUGGUGACCAUAUGCUAAGGUCUCUGAAGGCAUGUGUUUCCUCUAAGAGGAAAACCCAACCAAACCUUCCCUGCAAGAGCUGCUUCCGUGUCUUAACUCCCAGCAGCAUUUGGUAGGGAGGCUUACAAGAUAGUGUCAUGCCUUGUCCCUGGCAAAUCCUUCCCUUUUGAAUGCUGUCGGUCCAUCAUUACCUUAACCAAUGUGUUCCCUUGACCCAUCUCUUGGUCUUUCAGAUUCAAGCACCAUUUUCCUGUAGCGGUUUGUUUGUUUUUGUUUUGUUUUUUUACAUUCCAGCUGUUGACCACUUUCUUUAGGAAAGGGUUGGGGUGGGAGGGGUUGCCGAGGAAGAGAAAAGGAACAUCUGUAAUAAUAUUAGGAAAACAGAUGUGGAAGGUGUGGAAUUACAAGCUCAGCAUGCUCAGUUCAGCCAAGUGGAGAAAAUGGAACCAUCCCUCUCCUCAUCUGCUGGACUCACACUGAUUCAAACAGAACAGAAUUCGAAGGCAGGGGAUGUACGUGUGCAAUGUCCAUUCCCAGACCUUCUCCUUUGCUUUCAUUAUUAACUCGUUCUAUCCCUGAAGCUUCAGGGACAGGCUCUCCCCAUCCGCAUAAAGGCAAGACAGGCACCUCUCAAAAGGCGACCCCUUUCACACCGUAAUAGCAUUUCUGUUCAUUGCUGCUUGCAAAAUAUAUUUUACUUCACUCUGAAUCAGUGCAGUUUUUGUUAAGUGACUUGGAAAUUGGUGAAGAGAACAUCUGAUGCUAAGCAAGGAAUUGGAAAGGUUUUACACCAUCAAAGCCCUGAGCUCUUCCUGUCUCAAAGGUUACGUGGCUCUGAAGAGCAUCCCACAAGAGUUUCUUGCGGCUUGGCUUUAAGGAGCAUUUUUGUCUUGAACUUUAUGGACAGAUGUUGACCUCAUUUCUGUCUCUGUCUCCAAGACAGGUUGACUAGCCAACAACCUCUCUCUGCUUGCUAGACUUUCCGACCUUGCUUCCUGGGCAUUUCCGGCAAGCCUUGCAGUACAGGUAUUAAAUCAUUUCCAGUGCAGAUGAAACUGGUGCCCCGGCUCUGGGAUGCACGGACUGCAUCAGCCAAAAAGAGAGAAAGGCAAGAGGGAAUUUAAGCCGUCCUUUUUGUUCAUGUCAUCCCUCCAUUGUUUACACGUUUACAUCAAGACAUUGAUUUAAAACGCAGUGUCUAUAAUUUGUAGCUUAUAGGUAGGGUGAAGGAAAUGUUUAACUUAUACAGAGAACAGUAUUGUUUGCAUUAAAUUAUUCCAUUUUGUAUGACUUCUCGUAGCUGGACUACAUUGAAAGAUUUAAGUUAUGGCAUUAUUAUCGUUAUUUUGUUUUAUAUUAUCAUUCUUAUUUUCUGUCGAUCGGAAGGUAGCACAAUGAUUGUGUUGAUUGCUCACUAUGGAUGAUGAUGGAUUUUAUGAUUUGAAUGAAGGCGUGAAGAUGGAACUGCCCUGGUGUCCGUCUUAGCUGUUAUUCCCCAACUGUCUGUGUACCACAUCAAUCAUCAGAGGGGGCGGCCUCUGCCCGGAAGCCCCAAAGGUUACACUGGGGAUUUGACUUGACUGUGAAAGUGCCUGGGUGGAUAGAUGCCUGAGUGGAUAGAUAAAUAAUUUAGAAGCUGUCAUUUCCCAAAUUUCAUGAGAAAUAAAAAUCAUGGGAGAAUAUUAGAAACAAAGAGAAUUAUUGAAUACCCUGAGAGGAACAGGCCUCGAGGGCUGUAUGGACUAGUUUCAAAAAUUGCCAACAUAGAUUACAAUCUUCUUCCUGCCAGAAACCACAAAACCUUUUCCCUCUAGGUGGGAGUGGUAGGAAGACUUAAAAAGAAAGGAAGGAAGGGACAAGAAAGAAAGAGAGAAAGAAGAAAAAAGGGCAUGACAUCAAAUGCCUCGCUGUGAUGCCAUCCUGUAACUAAACUAAAGAUAUUUAAGAAGGCAGGACACUCAAAACCUGAGUCACCUAGAGGAUAGCAGGGCUGGGCCAGCGCCUUGAAAGGUGACCCCGCUCGCUCACACCUGACUGCUGGACAGCUCCUUAGCAGGGGCUGCGACUACGCUGAGUCCCGUUUGUAGUCAGCACAAAACACGGGCGCUUCAGUUUGCUCCUGUGCGGCCCACAUGCAGUGGCAACAGAGAAACGAGGGGUCAGCACCCCACACACAUGUCAUGGUGGUCUUUCUGAAAACCCAGCCCCUACCUCCUCAUUUUGAUUGUUUUUAACUCCCAUCUUGGCUGUCUGUCACGCUAACGCUUCAUCCAGACUGACUCUUAAGAGCCCGGUUGGUGGUCGGGGAAGUAGACCAUGUUGCGUCCUCAGACAUUCCCUGUAUUGUCAAGAUUUAAAUAAAGUCCACAUUGAACACUU